UGCGAUGCGCACGUAGUUUGUCGAGAUGGCUAGCAAAAACAGUGUAUAUUACAUCAGUGGCACUUUAUGUUCAGUAGACGGGUGCAGGUCUAGCAAGAGGAGAGACAAGAAUCUUUCCUUUUUCCAUUUACCUGCUGAUAAAAAAAGACGUGACACAUGGGCAAAAUUGAUCGGCAGGCCGGACUUAUCGGACCCUAAGAAGAGAUUUGACUCCCAUUCUGUCUGUUCGUUACAUUUCGAGCCGUGUAUGAUAACAUACACACCAAAAUUACGACGCAACACAGUGCCGACGCGGCAACUCCCUCACAAUUCAAGCAACGACGAGAUAAUCGCUACAAACUCGAGAACAAGAGAUAUGGCCAUACAAACUGACGACUGCAAUGAUACCGAUGAUGUGAAGUUUCCUAAUAUAAAAUAUAUAUAUGUAAAAGAAGACAUUUCUGUAGAUGUAAAGGAAGAGCCUGAAAGCGACUGACAGACUGCUACUGGCUGUUAAUUACAUGUAUAGACCAAGAGCUAGCUGCCUAUUUUCAUUCUGCUGGCCGUUAAUAACAUGUAUAGUCCGAGAGCUAGCUGCCUAUUUUCAUUCUGCUGGUCGUUAAUAACAUGUAUAGUCCAAGAGCUAGCUAGCUAUUUUCAGACUGCUGGUCGUUAACAUGUAUAGUCCAAGAGCUUGGAGUUUUCAAAACGAAUAGCUCAG